AUGACAAAUUCUUUCCAGUCCAGGCCGACAUUGGCCUUGUUGGUCAUUUUCACUACAUUGUUCAGACUCGCAUCGGCAGCAAACAACACCAAAUGUUAUGCUCCGAACGGUCAGGAAGCGCAAUACACGGAUGUGAGAACCAAUCAAGAAUUAUUUGCGUGCCCGGCGGGAGAUGAUGGCUUUGCCACCUGUUGUGUGAGCACUGACUUUUGCCAUCCCGACAACUUGUGCUACAACUUGAACGACGGAUUUCCUACUGUUUAUCGACAAUACUGCACGGAUCAAACUUGGGAUUCGGACAAUUGCAGCCCGCUAUGCCGGACCGCUGGCGAAGAGAAUGCGUCCGUGACAGGUGCUGUUGGACUUACUCCUUGCUCUGACGGCAAAUUCUGCUGCGGAACGUUCAACGAUGACUGUUGCAACAAUCAUGCGGGAUUAUACGCCAUUCAAGGGACACAAGUUGGCCCGGGAAAAUCGUUCACGACCACGGCCACAAGCGCGGCAACCGCCUCUUCCGCUUCAUCUGACACUAUAUCCGGUGAUGUCACUGCCUCUGCAUCCCCGAGCAGCAGCGCGGAGUCGACAUCAGCAGGUAUCAGCUCAGGUGCCAUUGCAGGCGUCGCGGUGGGAACUGCUGGAGUAGUAGCAAUCUUUGCUCUCGCGGGAGUGCUCUUUUGGAGGAGACGCAAGUCGAGGACGUCGCCACAAGACCCCGGAGCAGCAGCACCAUCGCUGCUGCCACCGUCGACGCACCACGACAGUUAUCCGCCCUCUUGGAGUCCCCAACAUUCGUACCAGCCCACGCAGCAUUACAUGGAAGCUGCAAAGCCUCCUUCUGACGUGUACGGGCAUGAAGGCAUGGGCCGGAGGCGCACCCCGGAAAUGGAGGAAGUACCCGUCAGGCAUGAGUUGCAGUCACAUUGA